AUGAAAGGAUAAUUAGAUGAUGAAGAGGAAAAUGAAAAUCUUAUCGAGACUGAAUAGAAAGGGUUGGACUAUUUUUUAACAAAGGUCAAGAUAGUAAUUUUUAAGGUUUUAUUUGUGUUGGCAAAAGAAGAGAAAGCAGAUGAUUAAAUGAUUUACUUUUAUAUUCUGACUUCUUUGGAUUAUGUUUAGAUGCAUUCAUUUCCAUUUAAUAAUAAAAUACUUUAUGUAUGGAAAGCUGAUUCAUUUUUAACAAAUAUUUUAAAUUUUGUAAAUGUGUUUUCAAUUUCAACAUAUGUACCAAAUUUAUCAUAUUUUGCAUUGUUAGUGUCAGUUUAUGUUUGUUUGAGUGCAAUAUUGUUAAUAAUAUUGAAUAUCAUAUACGUUUCAUAUUCAUUUUCUUAGAAUAAAUUUAAAUUUAUGUGGCCUGUAUAUGUAUUGAGGUAAGUGGCUUUUUAUUUUGUGACAGUAUUUUUUUUACCUAUUACAGAAACUUUAACAUCAAUAUUAUAAUGUUAUAAUGAUCCAGUAACGAAUGAAUAUGUAAUAUAUGGAUAUGAUGAAAUAAAUGUAUAAUGUUGGUAAGGAUGGCAUAUAUUUCAUGCAUUAAUAACAUUAUUAUUUAUGUUAAUUUUUGUAUUGAUAUGUGCAAUAGUAGCUUAUGCAUUUUUUGAACCUGGAAUGACAAGUGGAAAUAGAACAGCAAGAUAAGAUAGUAAUGGAGAAGUAGCAUUUAUAAUAAACAAAGUUACAUGUUAAGUAUUGUAUUGUUUUUUAGGGAAAAAUGAAUCAUGGGUUUUGAUUUUAACAACAUUUACAUUAUCUGCUUGGUUAUUUAAAGAAUAUAAUUUUGCAGAUCCAAUUUAUGAUUUUGAAGUAGGAAGAUUUUACUCAAUAAUAAGUAGUUAUUAUUUUUGGGCAAAUAUAAUGUUGGUGAUUUGUAAAAUAUAGGAGAGCUCUGACUUUUCUGGAGGAUUAAUAGCUUGGGUAAUAGGUCUUCCAUUUAUUGUAUCUAUAAUGUUAACAACGAAGAAAUCAAAAGUGGAUACAUUGGUCAGUGCUUAGAAUAAAUUUUAAAGUGGUGAGGAUGUAUGGAUUCAUAUUAGAUAUGUUCUUUAAUUAAUAUCUUAAGCUGAUUCUGAUCGUAAUUCUUAUAUGUUAUUAAUUGGAUACAUUGAAAAACAUAAGGAGACAUGUAAAUAGAAUGAUUGUUAUUUUAAAUAAAGAAGAAAAACUUAAAAUUCAGAAUAAUUAGAUGAUUUAAAAAGAGGAUUAAUAAUUGAAUUAGAUAAAAUGUUUAGAUUAGGAUUAAGAAAAUUCUGGUCAUCAGCAUCUUUAAGAAUAUUUUAUGCAUUAUUUUUAAUGGAAAGAAGAAAUAAUAAAAAUGAUGCUUAUAUUUAAUUUAAUUUAGUGUCUUAAAAAAGUAAACCAAAGUUUUUCUAAUAGUUUAUUACUUAUAGAUAUAUGUAAUUUAAUUAUUUUAAUCUAGGAAGAUCAUUAAAGAUAAAAGUGAUGAUGUUGUGGAUGCAAUAGCAAAUUAAAAUAAUAAAAGUGAACUUUAUUCAAAAAUGAAAAUGGCAUCCUUAUAUUAUAAAACUUUUUGGAAUGAAUUGAAAGAAGAUCAACCAAAUUUAGUUAGAUUAAUGCAUAUAGGUGCUAUGAUUACUAAAGUAAGUAAUUAAGUAAUGGAGAAACAUUAAGAAAUGAAUAAAAAGAACUCUUUAGGUUUUGCUGAUUUGAAAGCUCUAGCUAAUUUUUAUUAAUAAGUAUUUAAUGAUUAAUUUAUGGGCCAUAUUUUGAAGAAUUAAUAUAAAUUAGCAAAAUAAUAAUUAUAAGUUAAAGUUGAAGAUGAUGAUUUAAUUGAAAAUAAUAUAGAGAAACAUCCUAUUCCAUUUCUUUAAGUUUAAGCUAGAAAAUCAGAAAUUGGUAAAAUAAUUAAUAUUAAUUCACUAUUCACAACAUUUUUUGGUUAUCAAAAAGAGGAACUUAGAGGUAAAUCAAUUAAUAUAUUAAUGCCAAAAGUAUAUGCAGAGUAACAUGAUAAUUAUUUACUUGAAUUUUUUGAUAAUAUGUUGAUAAAUAUGUAAAAUGAUGGAGAUUAUCCAAGAACUUAUAUUGAUCAAGAACAAUUAUAAUUUUAUAAACAUAGAAAUGGUUACAUUAUUCCAUUCAUAUAUAAAGUGAGUUUCAAUAUUGAUUCAUUAUAAUAUUUAGUAUGUUUUAAAUGUGAUCCUACAUUCAAAGGAUAAGCUGUCUUCAUUAUUGAUUCUGAAACUACUAUAAUUGAAAUGUCUUCAGGAUCAAUUCAAUAUUUUGAUAUAGAGUUGAGACAUAUUAAAUAAAUUGUAAAUUUAAAUUCUCUUCUACCAGACAUUCUUAAUUAAAAUGGUAAAUAAGUUUAAUAUCAUAAAACUGGAUAAAAUAACAUUGAAAUUGUAUAUUAUUUCCAAUGUUCAGUUAAAGAAAUAGAGAUAACUUAAAUUAUUAAUGAGAACUUGCUCUUAGAGUUAUAAGCAUCCAAAAAAUUAAUCAAAUCAGGAUAUUGGCUUGUUAAAUUAGAAAAAAUUGAUAUCACUGAUGUCUAAGGAGGUAGAAAAACAUCAACAUUUAUUCAUAAUACUAGAAACUUGCUACCUAAUCAAAGCAGAUAGUCUAUCUCAAUUACAUAGAGAUAAUCCAUAUCUAUCACUUAGAAACUAAUACCUACUAGAGCUAAUUAAACAGUUUAAUCAUUAGAUACAUUAGCCUUAAGAAUUGAUACUAAUUUUGAAUAUGAUUAAAAUUUGGUGUAGUUUUUGUAAGAACUAUAUACAGAAUAACGAUAUGAUGAUUAUAAAGAUAUUUUAAGUUAAUAAGAGGAUCAAUAAACAUAAACCAAAUUAGAUUAUGCUUCAGAAAUCAGAGUAAGGAGAUUAUUUAAUAAUUAACUUCUCAAUAUCGAUGAAGAAAAAGAAAUAUGGUUUCUAAAACAAUUAGAAGAAGAAGAAUAGGAGAAUUCUAUCUUCAGGAACAAUAUAAAUUAAGAUGAUUAUGAUAAUGAUCAUAAAAUCAUUAGCAAUAUGUAAUCUUAAAUGAAGAUAAGAAAUGCAUUAUCUUAAAAUCAUAGACAUAGUAAAAUAAGUAAGUUCUGUAUUUAUGCUAAUAUUUGGAUAGCUUUUAUUGCGAUUAUUACUGCUUUGUAAUAUUACUUCUGCUCAUUAAAUUUCGAAGGUUUCACUUCAUAAAUUAAAGCUAUUUACUAAAUUAAUAAUGAGAUAAUAAAUUUAAAUCUUCUUAUUUCAAGAACAUUGGAUUUAUGUAUGGAUACCUAAUUUAAUUUUACUUAAUUGCAAUUUGACAUCCAACAAUCUGUGUAACUAAUUAUCAACUUUGAUUAGGAUCUUAAUCAAGAAUUUUAUAGAGUUUAUUUUGAUUCUGAAAUAAUUAGCCUAAGAAUGUAUAAAAGAUUACAUUAAUAUGAGGAUAUAAAUUUAUCAUUAGAAAGUGCAAUUCUUUUGAUUACAUCAGAGUGCUUAAAUCUAUCUAUGAGUCAUUAAAAUAUACCAUUUUAUAGUAAUUCAAUUUAAAUAAUACUUUACAAUUAUUUUAAUUAGAUACAUAAUCCAUUAAUUAAGAUUUCUCAGGUUUUGUAUGAAGAUGUUAAGUCUUAAGUGUAAUACCCUGAUUUAAAUUUAUUGAUAUCUUUGUUAGUGUUGUUUAUAGGAACUACAAUCGGUAUGAUCAAAUUUAUAACACUAAUGUUAGAAAUAAAAAUAGAUAGAGAGAAUGUUAUAUUUCUAUUUCUUGAGAUUCCUUAAAAUGAUGCUUAAAAUUUAUCUAAAAAGGUUGAUAAGUUUUUAAAGUUUUAUAAUGAAGAUCUAAAGAAACUUAAUAAUUUUGAUAAUGAUGAAUCAAGUGAUGAAGAUGAAGAACAAUAAUUAAUUGAUUUAUAACAACAUAUAGAUGGUUAAGAUAAAAUGAAUUCGAAAGCAAUUGAAGAAGAUAAUUAAUAUUAGCUAUAAUUAAAGAGAAGAAAGAUAAUAUAAAAAUAUAGAAAAAGCAAACUAAAAGGCAAUUAAGGAAUAAUUGUAUAGUAUGAUAAUAAUAUAUUAGAUUUCUUUUGAUAGCUUUACUUACCUUAGUUUUUGCGGUAUACAACAUAAUUAGUAGUGCUAAUGAGAAAUCAUAAAUACAAUUCUUGUUGCCACAAUUUUAUUAAAGUUCGAUUUAAAUUGAAAAUUAUGG